AUGGAAGAGGAUGAGGAGAAUUUCACCACUUUUCUGGCAUACACAAAGAGUCCCAAAACAACAAAAAGAACUUCAUUCCAGGAUGAGCUAAAGAAGGCAGUCAAUGCUCGAGUUUCCCGACAGAAGGCUAUUGAAGAAGCUGAAAAUUCAGACUACUCAGAAGAGUUUGAAAGUGAUGACAGUUUAGAUGACUCUUUCAAGAAGACAAUCGCAACUAGACCACAGUCACAGAAAUCGUUUCAUGAUUUUCACUUCUCAGAUGAGGAUGAUGAUAAGGAUUCAAAUAGUAAAGUGUCCUUCCUGAAAACUCGGAGGCAGGACAACAAAGAGCUAGAUGAUAGCCUGGCUGCAGACAUUAUAAGCAAAGGAGGCUAUGAGCGUACUCUACCAAAAUCACCAGUCUCUGAUGAUAUGGGGAAUGGACAUAUUACAGCAAAAGACUAUAAACCCACUCCAAAGCCAAGAGAGUCCAGGAUGAAACGGUCGCCAUCACCUCCAGGUUCUGGUUUUUCUACAUGGGAUGGGGACUUUAAACCAACUCCACAGGACAGGAGCAGAGACAAGACCGAGGGUAAACACCCCAUGAAUAAACCUGUAUUAGUCUCUCCUCCAUCUUCUCUAACAAGACUAAAUGACAAAGUUUCUGCUUCUGAAACAUGGUCCUUUUCUGAGAGACAUAGCCCAGAGGGACUUCAGCUAUCCAAUUCGCCCUCCCCAACUGUACGACUGAAAUCUCUUCCUAUGACAGCUGUGCAAAAAGACAUGAUGAUCACACAGGAAGAUGCAACUGGAGUACUUAAAGAUCUCAAGAUUGGAGAAUUUGAUGUCCAUGAGGGCACUAAAUUACAUGUUAGUGAAGAAGGUUCUCCUUCGGUUCUUGAAAUGAUGUUAACCAGUGUAAAGGAAAAAUCUGCUCAGGGGGAAAACAAAGAUCCCUGCCUUUCAGAAACCUUUAAAAUCUUUGACUCCAGUGAACAAGGUGAAAUACUUGGUGGCAAACAUGCACAGAACAAGCCUGAUCUUCAAAAGAAGACCGAGGAGUUUCUGAAACUAGGUAGCUCCCAAUCAAGCAGAUCUAUAUCUGCCCAACAAAACAAAAAGUCAGCCAAGCACAGAACACCAAAUUCCGCUAAGUCACGCUAUAUGGGAACUUUAACCGUAUUAGACAAAUCGGUCUAUGAAAAUAAUGGUGAAAUAGAAGCUGCAGAUACUUUGCGCGCCACUGUUUACCAGAACUGGCUGGAAAAGAAGAAAUUGUUUCUUCAAGAAGUGCAUAAAAUAAAAAUGGCUGAGGAGGAACAAAAGAAAGAAAAAAUAAAACUGCAGGAUACCAUGAAGAAAGAGGAGGCCAUGGCUGCUUUCAUGGCCUGGAAAUCAGAAAAGAAAAAGGAAAUAAAUGAAAUUCAAGUGAAGAAAAAACUGGAAGAAAAGAAAAAGAUGGAGGAAUUUCAAGAUAUUGCACGCAGAAAAGAGGAGUGCAGAAAGGCUUUUGAAAAGUGGAAAGAGUCAAAAGAAGAUCAUUUGAAAGAAAAAGUUCUUAAAGAAAAAAGUCUUGAAAUGGAAAAAAAGGUGAAUGAGAAAAAAAUUGUCAUGGAGAAAAAGAAGAACAGUGUGUCUGCUUUU